AUGUCGACCUACCCUGCCAAGCAGCACUUCAUCAACACGGCCAAGAAGCUGGGAGCCACCAGCGGGGUCAUCUUUGUCCGCGGCGGCGAGACCAUCGUUCACCCGGACUCUGACACCGAGUACGAGUUCCACCAGGACUCCAACUUUUACUACCUCUCGGGCGUGCGCUCGCCGGGGUUCUCUGCAGCCUACGACAUUGGCGCCAACAAGGCCAUUCUGUUUGCGUACUAUGUGGAUGCCGACGAAGCGGUCUGGAUCGGCGUCCCGCCGACGCUGGAGGAGCUGCGGACAUCGCACGGCUUCGACGAGGCGUACUACGCCAAGGACAUCGACACAAUCUACACGCUGCCGCACCACAGCACGGCGCAGCUGGGCGCGCUGGCCAGCCAGGUGGAGAGCGAGCGCCUGCUGGAGGCGGUGCAUGAGGCGCGGGUGUUCAAGGACGACUACGAGGUGGACGUGAUGCGGCGGGCGAACAAGAUCAGCGGGGAUGCCCAUGCGCAGCUGCACGGGCGGUUCAUCGGGCUGACGAUCUCGCAGGGCUGCCUGUACGAGGCAUACGGCGGUAUUGUCGCGCGCGGACGCAACGCAGCCAUCCUGCACUACACCAAGAACAACCAGCUGGAGGACUAUGCGUCGGAUAUCACACGCACGUGGCCGGUGGGCGCCAAGUUCACGCCCGAGUGCCGCGCCAUCUACGAGAUUGUGCUGGACAUGCAGAAGCAGGUCAUUGCUGCGUGCGGCCCGCACAAGCAGUGGGAGGACAUGCACGCGCUGUCCAACCAGGUGGCUGCCCAGGGUCUGCUCAAGCUGGGCAUCCUGAAGGGCGACCUGGCCGAGAUUGCCAAGCACCAUGUGGUCGGGUACUUUAUGCCGCACGGCAUCGGCCAUCUGAUCGGCAUCGACACGCACGAUGUCGCCGGCUACCCGAAGGGCGUCGAGCGCAUCAACGCGCCGGGUCUGCGCUACCUGCGCGCGCGUCGCGAGAUGCUGCCGCAGAUGGCCUUCACUGUCGAGCCCGGUCCUGCCAACCCCGAGGUCGCGCAGUUCAUUGACUUUGACGUGGUCGCAAAGUACCGCAAGGUCGGCGGUGUGCGCAUCGAGGACAACAUUGUCAUCACCGAGUCCGGCAACACCAACCUGACCGACUGCCCGAAGGAGGUCGACGAGAUCGAGGCCAUCCGCGCGGCGGCACUGGCAGCGCAGUAG